AUGGACACCUCCAUCUACACUCCCCACCUCCUCUUUUCUUUCAUAUUUUUCCAAGAACAUUUUUGCAUUGUCCCCCUCCUUUAUCUUCUUCCACAAGAAAAAUCACGAUCUUUGGUGCUGCCUGAACCACCACCGCUCCUUGGUUUUCCAGAACAUACGGAUACAAUGUUUUAUUUCUCUUGGGUUUGCACAUCCGGCCUCAAUCCGGUCUUCUUCAGGUUAAUGGACGAGAGCAUUAAGGAAACAUUAACGGACCACAUUUGUUGCCUCUUGACAAGCUACUGA